AUCGGUUACAUACAAUGACUGAUAUCUGAAGAGCAGAACGGUUUUAUAAAGGCACGUCAAUUGUUUUUUAAUACCCGCACACUCUUUAAUAUAAUUUAUUCAAAGCAUUCGUCUGCGCUCCCUGAGAUUGUGACUUCAUUAGAUGCUGAAAAAACAUUUGAUAGGGUUGAGUGGGAGUAUUUGUUUGAAGCCUCGUUUAUCUUAAGUGCACGCGCUCAGGAAGUUAAGGACGGUGUCUUCUCUCCCGUGCCCGCAGUGUGAAUCUCUCAUCCUGUGACGUGUGGUCACACCAGAGCUCUGCUCAAAACCGGACAAGCGCGCGCGGCGGCGCGAGACACUUUUCUCCGGUGCGCGUGACUCCGUCCGGCGCGAGCGUUAAAGCGCACGUCAGUGGUUAGGCUGCAUCGGUCUUUCGCUCUGCACAACAAAGAGCAAACCGCCUGCGUGACAACACGGACUUCAGGGUGAAACUUUUCCACAUGCGUCCUACGGUUUGCUUGUUGUCCAGAAAAGCUGAAAAGACUCGUGCAGCCCAGCCAGGAGACGCCAAAUUGUCGUGGAAAUUAGACAACGCUCACAGACUCAUCCUCUGAAGCUGUGUGUGUGUGUGUGUGUGAUUAGAGGUGUAACUCCACUCGGGUGUGUGUUAUGGCUGUUGUGAUGAGGGAUCGCUCUCAGGAUGUUUCCUGGUCCAUCGUCUUCGUCUCCUUCAUGGCUCAGCUGCUGGCGUACGGCUCUCCCCAUGCGGUGGGCGUUCUUUACCCCAAGUGGCUCAGCACCUUCAAGAAGGGCAAGAGCACCACCGCCUGGGUUGGAUCUACUGUCCUGGGGGUGGGGCUCAUCACCAGCCCGCUGUGUAGUGCGUGCGUCCAUAAUUUUGGCGCCCGACCCGUGACCAUCUUCAGCGGCGUAAUGGUGGCAGGAGGUUUAAUGCUUAGUGCCUUCGCUUCCAACAUCAUCUUCCUCAUCUUCAGCUACGGAAUCCUUGUUGGUCUGGGUUGUGGGCUCGUCUAUGCAGCCACACUGACUAUCACCUGUCAGUAUUUUGAUAAGAGGCGUGGUCUUGCCCUGGGUAUCAUUACCACAGGAACCAGCGUGGGCGGUUUUAUGUACGCCUCUAUACAGAACAAGCUGAUUGAGCAGUAUGGAUUGGAUGGGUGUCUACUCAUUGUUGGAGCUCUGGCACUAAACCUGAUUCCAUGUGCUGGACCCAUGCGACCCUUGAAAUGUCCUGGCUACUACAUCAAACAGAAGGCUGCUCUGAAGUGUACAGACGUGCCUCUCUAUGACAAAGAACUUGAGACGGAGCCAUCAGUGGAACAUCGGACGCUGGUAUACAUCGUCAAAAAGCACCUCAAGCCACACGCCCAAUACAUGUAUGACAUGCGUGAGUGCUUGCGGGAGCCCUUGUUUGUGGCACUCUGCGUCUCCAUCUUCCUGUACAGCCUGGGUGUAAUCCCACCCAUACUCUUCAUUGAGGACAUGGCUCAGAGCGAGGGCCUCCUCGAACAUGUUACACCCAUUCCUCUCAUCUCAAUCGCAUCUGCUGCAACGGGAGUGGGCAAGCUGGUACUGGGCAUCUUGGCAGACGUACGCUGGGUGAACAGCUUGCACCUUUAUGCCAUGACAGUGGCUGCAAUGGGUGUCGCUCUGCUAUUGGUGCCUAUGUGGAAGAGUUAUGCUGGGCUUCAGGUACUCUCAGCUGCCAUUGGCUUCUUCUCAGGCAACUGGUCAAUUACAUCCUACAUAACCACGCGCCUUGUGGGCAUCGAGCGCCUUGGCCAGGCACACGGGAUCCUCAUGUGCUUCGGCGGCUUUGGGAUCAUUCUGGGACCUCCUGUCGUAGGGUCAUUCAUUGAUUGGACACAGUCGUAUGACCUGGUGUUCUACUUCACUGGGUGCUGUUUGGUCGUGAGCGGCACUGUUCCCUUCAUAACAGCCUUGCUCUGUAGGAGCAAGUUUGUUGAUCUAGUCAACAAAGAGAAGAAUGUUUUGGGUGACCUUGACCGUGACCUUGGUCCGGAACCCCAAAACCCCUCUGAAUGUAACAGACUGCCUUCUGUGGCCUAAUGACUGUGACAGACCAAGUUGGCGAUGAAGAACUAGCGCCACUAGUAGCCUCCCAUUGAUGAGUGCAAAUACUCCAGCUGAUGGCCGACACACACGCACAUUAUGGACCAUGUAUGGAUGAAAUUAAAUGGUUUGUCAUACUUGGAGCAGGUUUCACAUUUAGCAUUAAAAAAAGAAUCGUGGAAAAACGGUAUCAUGUAAAGGCGAAGUCUAUGUCCCAGAUCACAUACUCCUCCUACACUAAGGUAUGGUUUCUAUAGGCAUGUGUUAUUUUACUAUUUAGUGCACUAGUGUAGGUUUGGGACGUAGCCAAACAAACUAACCUAUCUACCUUUUUCCCCACCUCUGUGAAUUUUAAUAUUUUGUAGCAAAACUAUAGAAAACUACAUCAGAUUAGCUUUAUCUACAUAUCUGACAAAUGUGAAGCAAAGGAGCAGAAGUUGAGAAAUACUUAGUUUGCCAUGCUUGUGCACUGAUUUGCUCAAUCAAAGAGCCAAUCAGAGAAACCUUCAUCCUGCUGCCACAUGAUGCUGAUUCAACCUGUACGAUCAGCCUAACAGGUGUCUCUACAUUUAUUCAUUUCUUCUAUCUUUCAUUCAUUUUUUCUUUAUUUUUUUAUUUUUAUUUUUUUAUUAUUAUUAUUAUUUUUUUACCAGUAGCCAGUGCUAGCCAGUUAGAUGUUUGUGGUUCUAGAUUUCUUACAAAUCUUAAACUAGUCUUCUUGUUUGAAUUUUGAAUAUCUUUCUGUAUAGUACAUAUUUUAUCUCAAUGAUUAUAUUUCAAUUAAAAAGAAAUCUGUG